CUUCCCCCUCAACGCUUCUCAUAUCCUCCAUUAUUCUUUAACUUUCCAACCAUGGCUUCUCCCACUUCAAUUCUCUCCCUUUUCCUUCUCGUUCUCGAUCGUCGCCACCACCGUCUCCUCCACUGAUGAUCAAGUCAUCCGAAUGUACCCAAAACAACACAUCGUGGGGGCGGAAGGUGACCCGAAUUGCGAGAGCUGGAAGUACUCAAUCGAAGUCAACAAUGCAGGAACGUGGUAUUCUAUUCCUCGACCCUGCAUUGAGUUUGUAAGGGAGUACAUCAACACAGGGGGGUAUCUUGCUGACUCUCGUUCCGCGGCGGCGUUCUCGUUGACGUUUGCUAGAUCGGUGAAGGUUGGGGAGGGGAAGGGAAUGGACGCUUGGAUUUUCGAUGUUGACGAGACCUUGCUUUCAAAUAUGCCGUAUUAUAAAGCAACUGGGUUCGGGACGGAACCAUACAAUGAAACUUCAUACAACGAGUGGGUGGAGACGGGCUUGGCUCCUGCAUUGCCAGCAACUUUGUCGGUAUACAAAUGGGUCAAAAAGCUUGGCUUCAAGAUUUUCAUUUUAACUGGGCGACCUACUUCUCUAGCUGCUAUCACACAACAAAAUCUCAUCGAUGCAGGUUACUCCGGCUGGGAGAAACUCAUCCUCAGGGGACCUGAGGACGAAGGAAAGAAAGCUACGGUAUACAAAUCAGAGAAGAGAGCUGAAAUAGUGAAACAAGGAUACACAAUUCAAGGAAACACUGGAGAUCAGUGGAGUGAUUUAAUAGGAUAUGCUGUUUCGAAACGAUCGUUCAAGCUUCCAAAUCCAAUGUACUACGUUCCUUAAACCUCAAGAGAUCUGGCUUUUGAGCAGUAAUAAUUUGUUUUCCUUACGGAGUAUGGACUAUUGCUUUCGAUCAUGUCGUUAAAAAUGUUUUUAAGAACUUUUAGUCUCAUUUCUACUCCAUAAAAGUAAUGUUAACUAUUAAUAAAAUUGAGUGGGGGAAACACAUGCCCAAUUAUAUUUUCUAUCGUUA